GAAGUUGUCGGUUGAAAGGGACGCUAACUUCAAGAAGGAUCAUUUAUUUUGGUUAGAAGCCAGCUAUUUCUGAUAUAAAACGAAUUUUAUUUACAGUAGAUGUCGUGAAACAGCAACUUGCAAGGAUGGCUCGUGCAUUCCAAGUUCAAGUUUCUGACAGCUAGCCAGUUAGCAGUAUUUUAGCUAACUGGCUAACUACUUUUAAUGGCGUGUUCUUUGAUCUACUAAUGCAAUACUGUAGAUAUAGACAAUGUUCACCAAUCUAUGCUGGAUAGCUAGUACUAUUAUGUUAAAAAGUUAAGCAGUAGCGUGUCGUCCAGAGUUUUCUUGUCGAUUACUUUAGCUGUUAGCAUUACUGCAUGCAUCCCAGCUUUUGUUGUGAUCUUGGCAGUGUGCUAGCUAGAUAGUUAGCCAAUUGAACUGAUCUGUGGGAGUUCCUAAAGUUAGACCGCGGAAAUCUGCUAACGUUACACCUUGAACGAUUUACUGUACAGUAUUUGUGUUUUGGUACAAGUCAUCGCCAGUUAAUUGGCCGAUCAACUGGAUAACUAACAUCUAUAUCAACACGGCUCACAGGAUGUUGGGGGAGUGCGGUAUGAAAGAACGGGAAAAGCAGGUGCUGAAGAAGCGCUCCGUUGCGCUCUGCAAAGAGAUGGUUGUGGACGAGUUACUCGUUCAGUUCCUUCAGGCAGAAAACAUUCUUACUGAAAACAUGGCAGAAAGUAUUCUGGGUAAAGAGACGUCCCAAAAGCGAAGCUGGCAUUUGCUGUCCAUCCUGCCCAAGCGAGGACCAAGAGCCUUCAGCUGUUUUUGCACAGCUCUCAGGGAAACAGAGCAGGAUCACCUGUACGAGCUCCUCACAAGCUGCCCAGAGAAAGAGAGGUGCUUUGAGACCCGCUUGCCUCUUCCUGUUCAGGAGUGCCCAGUGCCUGCCAAGAGGGCCAGACCUAAUGAUUCCAUGGAAACGUGUCUGGAUGCCGACUGCCCUGUUAACACAGUCUUACAGCCAUGCACACCGGAGUUCUAUGACUCCCACUGCCAACAGGCGUACAGAAUGCAGUCCUCGCCCAGAGGGCUGGCCCUGGUACUUAGCAACGUGACCUUUGACCCGUCUGUGUCUGAUUUUGAGACGCGGCGGGGAGGCGAGGUGGAUGAGGAGGUGCUGACAAAGCUCUUUGAGGAGCUGAACUUCCGUGUGGACAUCCGCAAGGACCUCACCGCGCAGAGCAUGCGCGAGCGUAUAGAGCAGUUUAGCCAGCGGCCAGAGCACCGUGAGCUGGACUGUUGUGCCGUGUGUCUGCUGUCCCACGGGAAGGAGGGAGGCGUCUACGGGACGGACGGAGAGCUGCUGGAGCUGGACUGGGUGUUCGAGGCCUUCAAUAACGCCCACUGCCCCCAGCUGCAGAACAAACCAAAGAUGUUUUUCAUCCAAGCCUGCAGAGGAGAGGAGAUGGACAACGGUGUGGACCAAUUGGAUGGCUCUGAGCGAACCCAGUCGCCGGGCUGUGAGCAGAGGGAUGCUGGGAGAGACGAAGAAGGCGAACGACAGAACAGAGAGAGAGAGGAGAGGGAACGAGAGAGACUCCGGAUCAAGCUUCCCCAGCGCUCCGACAUGAUCUGCGGCUUUGCCACUCUCAAAGGUUGGGGCACGGCGGCCAUGCGUAACACUAAGAAAGGAUCCUGGUACAUUCAGGAGCUCAACACAGCCAUCCGACAGAGCGCCAGAGACACACACCUGUCUGACAUCAUGGUGCAGGUGAAUGGCCGUAUAAAGGAGAGAGAAGGUUAUGCUCCAGGCUCAGCUCACCAUCGCUGCAAAGAGAUGUCAGAGUUCACCAGCUCGCUUUGCAAAGAUCUGUUCCUCUUCCCCAAGUACUGCCCACCCAGCUGAACUCUCUCUCUCUCUCACACACACACACACACCACAUUCCAGAGCCAUUUGCCUCCCACACACACUCCUUAUGCAAUGCCAUUCAUUAAGUUUUUCCAUCUAGACAUUCCACGAUACACUCAUCCAGAUUCAAGACCAACAGAAGUUGCAUUCAUGAAUGCUUUUUGCUGUGCCAAAAUUCUCACACACUUACACACACACACACACACACACACUUGUUUACUCACAUUUAAGAGAGAAAUCAAGGAGCUUACUCAAACAUGCUGAAUGUGCCAUUUUAAUGCAGCUUACAUAUGGAUACAGUGAAAAGUUCUACAUUUUUACCAGUUUCAUAUAUCGGCAUUCUUUCCUCACCAGUAAGAAAGUGAUGCCGAUGAGUGAUAGGAAAUAUUAUUUUCCAAAUUUUCUAAAAUAAUUUUACACUGUUGUUUUUAUUAUAUUUUAUAAUGUUUUUGUAACUGUUUUACAUGAGGUGCGCUCUUUUGUACGGUUGUGUCUGUGUCCUUAGUUCAUUCUCUCUCUCUCUCUCUCUCUCUCUCUCUCUCUCUCUCUCUCUCUCUCUCUCUCUCUCUCUCUCUCUCUCUCUCUCUCUCUCUCUCUCUCUCUCUCUCUCUCUCCUAUUCUCUCUCUCUCUCUCUCUCUCUCUCUAUACGCUCUUUGUACUGCCAUUCCUACACACACAUUCACCCCAGUUUGACCAUCAGUUUGACCAUCAGUUUGACCAUCAGUUUGACCAACCUCGUUGUGCAUAAUGUAAGCAGUGUAAGCUGACCAGCCCUUGUAUCUUUGUGGAUGCACCGUUGAAGUGCUUCUAAGCUCUGAUGGGGUUAAGCAGACGCACGCAGCUGCAUAGUGCUGCUCAUGUAUUACCAUGGACCUGGACCGAACAGAAGCAUCCAUUUGUGUUUUAAAGCAGGAUCUGUACUCAGUAUGUAUGUAAAUAAGAUUUUAUUUGGCCUUAUUCUACGGUCCAUUUAGGCAGUAAGUGUACUGCCCCAGUAUUCUCCUAAAUGCCCCCUGUACAGUUGACUUCCAACUACCCCAGCUGUCACAGCUAUUUUCUGUAUUUUUUCACAAUUUACCUUUAAUUUCUUAGAUUUUAACAAGACUAUUCAUGAGACCGUUGUUUUUUUGUCUGUUGUCAAAUCUAUUUUUGUAUUUUGUUGUUAUUGAUCCCUUCAUUUAAUUUUUAUUUCACCUAAUGGGCAUUUUUGCUUCCUGAAAUGAAAUAUGCAAUAUGAA